UUUUAUGAGUGUGUAAGAUGUUGGCGUUAAUUCUUAUAACGAGUGGUGAAAACUGAAAAGUACAGGAACCAAAUAAAUGAUAUGAUUGUGUCUUUGAAAAAAGCACAAGUGUAAUCUAGUUCCUCAGUUUCAGAGACAACCGAACCUAAUCGUGUGUCUGUGUCUGUGUCGGAUUCAAAGAUUGAAAAUGGAAAUUCCAAAGAGAUUCAAAGGAAAGGUUGCGAUCGUGACUGCUUCAACACAGGGAAUUGGUUUUACCAUUGCUGAGAGACUUGGUUUGGAAGGUGCUUCUGUUGUCAUCUCUUCUCGCAGACAGAAAAAUGUUGAUGUAGCUGCUGAAAAACUGAGGGCCAAAGGAAUUGAUGUAUUUGCAGUCGUUUGCCAUGUCUCAAAUGCUCUACAAAGGAAGGAUUUGAUUGACAAAACUGUCCAGAAGUAUGGAAAGAUAGAUGUCGUUGUGUCCAAUGCUGCUGCAAAUCCUUCUGUUGAUUCCAUUCUGCAAACCCAAGAUUCGGUCCUUGACAAGUUAUGGGAGAUAAAUGUCAAAGCCACUAUACUUCUUCUAAAGGAUGCAGCUCCAUACUUGCCGAAGGGUUCUUCUGUUGUUAUCAUUUCAUCGAUCGCUGGUUAUCACCCACCAGCUAGUAUGGCUAUGUAUGGAGUGACCAAAACAGCCCUUCUUGGACUUACCAAAGCCCUGGCUGGUGAGAUGGCCCCUAAAACUCGUGUAAACUGUGUUGCUCCUGGUUUUGUACCAACUAAUUUUGCUUCAUUCAUCACCAGCAAUUCUGCUAUGAGAGAGGAGCUUGAAGCAAAGACAUUACUUGGAAGGCUUGGUACAACCGAAGACAUGGGUGCUGCUACAGCUUUUUUGGCAUCUGAUGAUGCGUCAUAUAUAACAGGAGAAACUAUAGUAGUUUCCGGCGGAAUGCCAUCAAGACUGUAGCUUCCGUUUUCAUCUUCUAGUAUGCUUCUGUUGGGUCUAGUCCAAAAUGUAAUGGCGAAAUGGUAUAUUUAGCGUGCUUUUCAUUUCUUUACAAUGCUGUAAGAAUAAUGGCAUUGAGCUGGCUUUUGCUUUAGUUAUGAAAUGAUAGGGGAUGUUGCUUUUUAAGGGGGGGAAAGAAUAAUUGUCAAAUGUUUUACUUUCAUUUACUUUAAAUAAUGAAUGAAUGAUCUAAAAAACAUACACAAGUUUUGUGUU